AUGGGACAGGCAACAUCAUCACAAGAUUUAUUCCUUUCUGGCCUAAAAGAGGCCCUCAAGAUACAAGGAACUAGGGUUAAGAAAAAAGAUCUUAAAGCCUUUUUUGAUUAUAUUAUAGACACAUGUCCUUGGUUCCCCCAAGAAGGAACCAUAGAUGAAAAAAGUUGGGCAUGUCUCGGGGACUGUUUAGAUGAUUACUACAGGACUUUUGGACUAGAGAAGGUUCCCGUCACCACAUUUUCUUACUGGAAGCUUAUUAAUGACAUUCUUAGGGUCUAUAAAUAUUCCCCUGACAUACAAGAGCUUAUUAAUAUAGGAGAAAAAAUCUUCAAAGAAGCCUUUCGCUUCCCCUCUACCUGCCCUAAGACCCCCCGAGCGCUUUCUGGUCCGCCUUCAGUCUGUCCCUCGGUUCACGACCUGCGCUCUAUGGAAGAGGGGAUGCUCACAACUUUUAAACCUAGGAAUCCCCAGGAGUCCUCUUUUGCCCAUCCUCAUCCCUCUGUUAAUAAUUUGACCUCUAACUCCCCUCUAGACCCCACCAAGGAGGCUUCCCUAGAGAAAGGGGCAGCCCGUUACCAUAAUCCAGACUGCCCCCCCUGCAAAAAUCUCCCCUUAACACAGGAGUCCUUGGGCCCUUUUAUACCACCUCAAAAAUCUCCGGCAGUUCCCCCUUCCGCAAUGUCCCCUCCUUAUGUUUCUCCGGCUUCCCACUUUUGCGGGCCUAUUCUUGAUGAGUUGGCUCCCCCUGUCCCAGAUCUUGGUUCACUGAGACGGGCCCUCCAGGCUCGCAGGGAACAUGUUGAGCUUUUAAGGGAAUUGAAAACUCUUGAUAAAGAACUUAAAGAUCUUGCCCUUGAAGUGGUGGCUCCCGGUCCGCUAAAACCAUCUCAAAAAUCUAGUAAAUCGAAGAGUAAGCCUCAGCCUGUCCUGGCAUUUCCUGUUACCAGGAGCCAGACCUCUGGGGACUCAUCCGAGGUGGCCGCUCAGAGCGGCGCCUCAGGGGGUUUGGAAGAUCAAAAUGAGGAGGGGGAAGAGGGAGAGGAGGAGGAGGAGGCGUCACCAGAGGACCCCCCGCCAGGACAGACUUAUCACAAAUUAAAUUUCCGCCUAGUUGAAAAGCUGAAAUCUGCCUGUGCUCAGUAUGGUCCUACGGCUCCUUUUACAUUAGCCUUGGUGGAAAAUCAGAGCGAACAUUGGUUGACCCCUAAUGACUGGUAUUUUCUUGCCCGUGCGGCUCUUUCUGGGGGUGACUUUGUCCUCUGGAAAACAGAAUUUACAGAAAAUUGUCGAGAAGUUGCUCAAAAAAAUAUUGAACAGCCGUCCUCAAAAACUUGGACAGUAAAGAAACUCCUCGGCAACCCCCCUUACGAUACAAAUGCAGCACAGGCAAAAUUCCCUCCUGGCCUCCUGGCCCAGAUUCAAAAGGCGGGGGUUCGGGCCUGGAAACGCCUGCCCCCAAAGGGUUCAGCUACCACCUCAUUAGCAAAGACUCCUCAGGGCCCUGAUGAACCUUUUAGUGAAUUUGUCUCUCGCUUAAAUGAUGCAGCUGAGAGACUUUUUGGGCCGAAUGAACACGAAAGCACCUUUGUUAAACACUUGGCCUUUGAAAAUGCAAACCCUGCCUGCCAGGAAGUCCUCCGCCCUCAUAAAAACAGAGCGGACCUGUCUGAAUAUGUGAGACUCUGUUCGGGUGUUGGCGCCGCCCAUGCCAUGGGAUCAGCUAUAGGUGCUGCCCUCAGGGCUUCACAACAGCCUGGAGCCCGCACCUGUUAUUUCUGUAAACAACCCGGACAUUUCCUAGGGAAUGUCCCCAGAAAGGUCACAGCCUCGCGCCCUUAG